AAUCGCCCCGCCGCCAUGGAGGCCGUGCGCGCGUCGGCGGCGUGGGUCGCCAGCCGCUCCUCCCACGUCAAGGUCGACAUGUUAGAGAUUGAGAAGGCCGUGGACAAAAUCCAGGGAAAUGUUCCAAAAAUUGAGUGGGAUUUCGAAGGAAUUCAUUACUUCGACAAUGGGCCGCUCACCGUGCAGUACCUCUUUGUCUUGGAUGCACUCAACUUCUGCUUCUGGCCAGACAAGGACUUGACCUAUGACAAUUUGGCUUCUGGGCUUAAGUUAGCCUUAGAGAAAGAUAAGACAGCACUUGAUGCAGAUCGUCUCAAGAACUACACUGGGCCCCAACUUCGAGAACUGCUGAACUGGCCGCGCCCACUGCCAAUUGAGGAGGAAAGAGUCCGCCUUCUUCAUGAGGUUGGUCUGGAGCUUGAAAAAAGCUUUGGAGGCUCCGCCGCUAAUCUUGUGAAGUCUGCUGGAAACUCUGCUGCAUCUCUAAUUGAACUGAUUACCCGUCAUUUUCCAGGCUUCCGGGAUCACUCACUUUACAAGGGACACCAGGUUUUCCUGUACAAGCGAGCCCAGAUAUUUGUUGCUGAUUUGUGGGGUGCUUUCAAGGGACAAAACUAUGGAGAGUUCCACGACAUCAACUCCAUCACCAUAUUUGCCGACUACAUCGUUCCUGCAGUGCUGAGGGAGCUUGGCAUACUGAAAUACGAAUCGAAUCUAUGCUGCUCGAUUGAUUCGAAUAGGGAGGUAGUGUCUGGAAGCGAAGAGGAGGUGGAGAUCCGUGCUUGUUCCGUUCAUGCCGUUGAAAAAAUGAGGGAGCUCAUCAACAAAAAGUUUGGGAAGCAGCUUCUGAGCAUUGACCUUGAUCUCUGGCUCUGGUCGGUUGGCGUUCAGAACAUGGCGCUGUCUCAUCACCGCACCCUCUCCAUUUACUACUGAGGCCAGCAGCAGCUGCUCCCUCUCUGUGGCCGAAGACUGGCCGCGUCUUGUUGCUCCUCUACUUUUUUUUUGUCCUUCUCUGGAGAGUGCACAGAAGUGUAAGCUGUUGCUAUCGUAGUCCUAGUCCGUAGGGUCAUUGACAUUGUGAUAGGCAUGGUGUGACUGUAACAAGCUGGGACUGGAUAGGUCAAUUUGUAAGGUGAAUUGUAGCCCUGGAGUGCAUGUUUCUCGUGAUCUAAUUGG